ACCAAAACCAAAGUUAAUUUGCAUAUAGUUCAAGAACGUAAACUGAUUGCCUGCCAGCUAGUUUUUUAUAUAUUAGAUGAGCUUUAGUUUUGGCCUUCCGGCACUGGGCGAGAUGGAACAAAUCAUCUGCAGCCUGGAACGAGGAACCUUAAUUCAGAAAUUUUAUGCGCGGAGAAAGCCUGAAAAGAAAACCUUAAUGUUACAUAGAGAAACGCGUCAGGUAACAUGGUCUUCACCUGGGCAAAAUAGUAGAUCUAACUUUGAAGGGGCGUUCGAACUUCGCGAAGUAAAAGAAGUUCGUCUUGGAAAGGCUUCUAAAGAUUUUGAAAAAUGGGCAGACGAAGCAAAGAAAAUUGACUUACGAAAGUGCUUCGUCGUUUUCUACGGAAAUGAGUUUAAGUUACGCUCGCUAUCGGUUGUUGCUCUCUCAGAAAAAGAAUGCGAAAUGUGGAUUAAAGGUCUUAAACACAUGAUAGCAGACACUCUCAAUGCUCCAUACUGGUUAAAAGUUGAGCGGUGGCUGAGAAGGGAAUUUUAUGCUAUGGAGAACUCGCGCGAAGCAGUGAGUUUAAAAGAAGUGAAAUCGUUUCUACCAAAGGUCAAUUGCAAAAUAACAACAGCUAAAUUAAAUGAAAUCUUUAAUGAAGUAGACACUCGCCGGCGAAUCGAACUCGGAUUCGAUGAUUUCGUUCGUCUUUACCAGAAAUUAAUGACAGCGCCAAACAGCAUACAUGAAUACAUCGAAAGUAAUAUGCUGCAUUCACAAAAUGAAAUAGUUACAUUACAGGAAUUCCAAAAUUUUCUAAAUGAAGUACAAAAUGAGUCUUUAAUCGCUGAAGCUGUCUCAAAUGUAAUACGAGAAUAUGUGCAGGAUCCAGUUCGAGACGUCCAAGAACCGUAUAUGAAAAUACAAGAGUUUAUUGAUUUUCUUUUUUCGCGACAAAAUGAAAUUUGGAAUAAGAAGUGCGACACUAUAUAUCAAGAUAUGAAUCGACCUCUAGCUCAUUACUGGAUUUCAUCAUCGCACAACACGUACCUUACUGGCGAUCAAUUUUCGAGCGAAUCUUCUGUGGAAGCAUAUGCUAGAGCACUACGAAUGGGCUGCCGCUGUAUAGAACUUGAUUGCUGGGAUGGUCCAGAUAAUAUGCCGCUAAUAUUUCACGGCCAUACAUUUACUACUAAAAUAAAAUUCAAGGACGUAAUCCAGACUAUUAAAGAACAUGCAUUUGUCACAUCAGAAUAUCCAGUAAUACUAUCAAUUGAACAAAAUUGCUCAUUAGCCCAGCAGCGAAAGAUGGCAUGUGCAAUGCAGGAUAUUUUUGGUGACAUGCUACUUACGCAGCAGAUUGAAAAAAAUGAGCUUCAGUUACCAUCGCCUUCUCAACUAAAAAGGAAAAUUAUCUUAAAACAUAAAAAGCUUCCAGAGAAUGGAGGAAAGUUAGAAGACGGAAUAAUACCUAAUGAUGGCGCUUUGAUUAGAACGGAUGAAACUGAAUUAGACAUAAGAAACACUGUGAAGAAUGGAAUUCUCUUCCUCGAAGAUCCUGUAGACAAAGUGUGGAAUCCGCAUUUUUUUGUAUUAACUGAGCAUAAGUUAUUUUAUACGGACAGUCAAAGCAGAACUGAACGAGAAGAUAUGCGUGAAGAAGAAUGUGACUCUAGCUUAUCAAGACCUAAAGACGGUGUUACCAAUGACGAAUUACACUUUGGCGAAAACUGGUUUCAUGGGAAAUUACCCGGCGGUCGCGAAGAAGCUGAAAGUCUUCUGCGCCAGUACGCGCAUUUUGGUGAUGGAACAUUUCUUGUACGCGAAAGUGUCACAUUUGUUGGAGACUACUGUUUAUCGUUUUGGCGCCAAGGAAAACCCAACCAUUGCAGGAUUAAAUUGAAACAGGAUAAAGGUGUAACUAAAUAUUAUUUAAUGGAAAACAAUUUGUUUGAUAAUUUGUAUAGUUUGAUUAUCUUCUAUCGUCAAAAUUCGCUUAGAAGCUCGGAAUUUUACAUAACUUUAAAAGAACCUGUACCACAACCCAACAAACACGAAAGUAAAGAUUGGUACCACGAAAAUACAACCCGUGAGCAAUCUGAAAUUAUACUACAUCAACUGCAUAACGAUGGGGCAUUUCUCGUUAGACCGAGUGAUAAAGGUCCAAACGCUUUUGUAAUUUCGUUCAGGGCCAACAAUAAAAUCAAACACUGUCGCAUAAAGGUAGAAGGACGAUUAUACAGCGUUGGUGGGAUGGAAUUCGAAAGUUUAAUAGAUCUGGUGAAUUUUUAUAUAAAGCAUCCUCUAUACAAGAAAGUCAAAUUAACCCAUCCAAUCUCCAGAGACAUGAUGAAGAAAAUUAAUACUAUGAACGCUCCAGAUGAUAACGGGGCAUAUAGCUACAUGGAUCCAUCAUCCAUGAAUGAAAAGAUUACUGUGAAAGCGCUUUAUGACUAUAAAGCCCAACGAGAUGAUGAGUUGUCCUUUUGCAAACAUGCUAUAAUUACAAAUGUAGAUAAAAAAGGCAACGAAUUGUGGUGGACGGGUAAUUAUGGAGGUAAAAAGCAACAUUAUUUUCCAGCAAAUUAUGUACAAGAAAUCAACACAACAGAUGGAAACAGUGAUGAUAGUGGCAGCGAUUCGCUGAUGCUUGGAAGUCUACAGAAAGGAUCUCUUGACGUGCAUGGAGCUGUUGUUGAAUUGACCUACGGUCCACAUCCAGAAUUGGAACGAAUUCUACGCAUUCAAAAUCCUUCAAUGCAAAAUGUGUUCGAAAUUGGGGUGCAAUCAAAAGAGCUUGCUAUUGAAUGGAUGAAUUCUAUCAAACAAGCUGCGCAGAAUGCUAGUGUACUAGAAGAUGAGCGCCGAAAAAUGGAACGAAAUUCACGGGUAGCAAAAGAAAUGUCCGAUAUGAUAAUAUACUGCCGAAGUGUGCCUUUUAAAAACACUGGCUGGGUUUUUUACGAAAUGUCUAGUUUUCCCGAAACAAAAGCGGAAAAGUAUUUCUUGCAGCAAGAAACAAAACUGUUUGUACGAUAUCAUCGCAGUCAGAUCAGUCGUGUCUAUCCCAAAGGCCAACGAUUGGAUUCUUCUAAUUAUAAUCCUAUUCCGUUAUGGAAUACAGGUUCUCAAAUGAUAGCUCUAAAUUUUCAGACACCAGACAAAGCGAUGCAAUUAAACCAAGCAAAAUUUAGAGAUAACGGUGCUUGUGGGUAUAUUUUGAAACCACAGUUUAUGUUUCGGGAUGAAUUUGAUCUAAAUGAUCCAAAUACUGUGGUUGACGUCGAAGAGAAAGUAAUAACAAUCAGGAUAAUUGGUGCUAGACAUCUAUGCAAAGGUGGGCGGAAUAUUACAAGUCCACUGGUGGAAGUCGAGAUACUUGGCGCCAAUUUUGAUAAUGGUGUUAAACAUAGAACAAAGGCAGUGGCUGACAAUGGAUUUAAUCCCUUUUGGAAAGAAGUUUGUGAAUUCAAAGUGAAGAAUCCAGAUUUUGCAAUGUUACGUUUCGAAGUGCAAGAUGAAGAUAUGUUCGGUGAACCAAAUUUUAUAGGACAGGCAGUUUUUCCGAUAAACGCGUUACGUACCGGAUAUCGAAGUGUGCCAUUAAGAAACAAGUACAGUGAGGAGCUAGAAUUGGCAACGCUUCUUGUACAUAUUGUUAUUCGCUGUAGCUCAAACCAAGGGGACCCGCAUUCGGACGUGGCCGGCGUCGGUAUUGAUCAGCAUGCAGGGACCUGAUAUGGUUGCACAAUGAGGAAUAGCGUGCUGUCCCUAGUAUGCUUUUUCCAGCCAUCAUUUUGCCAUUUUCAUCGGUCCUGGUCAAUAACGGAGUAGCAGCACACAGGCGGUAUCCUAUGCAGCGACAACAUGCACAUGAAUGUAUUUAGCUAAUUUACAAUCAUCUUUUAAAAUAUUAAGAAAGUUACGCGUAGAUUUAAAUACUUAAGCUCACAAGUAUUAUUUAUUUGCAUGAUAUAUCAAGUGUCACUAACAAUGAUGAAAACGAACGUUGUUUUAAAGU